AUGUCUAGACUGGGUCGGUCUUCGUCCACCGCUUCGUCUUCCUCUUCGCGCUCGUCUCAGAUUGUCAGAGAUGGCGACGGCGACCGAGGAUGGGCGAGGACCCAGGCAGAACUCUCCGCGCGUUUCCCGUUCAUUCGAGAGUGUCUGCCUGGCCAGCUUCUCCAGCUGCGGCUCGAGAACUGGAUGGCUUACACAGGCCCUGUCGAGGUCAAUUUCCUCACCGGCAUCAACCUGCUCGCCGCCCCAAAUGGCGCCGGAAAGAGCAGCCUGCUGUGUGCCAUGGCCUUCGGCCUAGGCUACGAUGUCGCGCACAUCUCUCGGCGCGGCUCUCGCCUCCGCGACUUCAUUAAGAUUGGCCACAACGCAUGCAGCGUCUCCUGCGUCCUCGCCGGGAGAAAGCCUGGCGAGUUUGUCACCACGAAACGCGAGCUUCGACUGUCAGGAGACCAGGCGGUUUCGACCUUCUACAUUAAUGGGAAUGAGUGCGGAGCAGAGGCUCGCAUCCAGUUUCAGAGGCGCAUGAAGCUCCAGGUCGACAACUUGAUCUGCUUCAUGCCUCAGGAGCGCGUUCCGGAAUUCGCGACGAUGCGUCCAGAAGACCUCUUCAUGGCUACACUGCGCGCCAUCGAUUAUGACUUGCACGAGGCGUAUGCGGGCUUGCGCGAUUGGGAGGCGCAGCGAGACGAAACAGAGAAGCUUUUAACUCAAGGACGCGCCGACUUGGUGGUGCUUUCCCGCGCCGUGGAAAAGCUGCGAUUGGAGCACGAGGAACUCAAGCGGCUUCAGAGCUGUGAAAAGGAACGCAUUCUCUGUGAAGGGAAAAUCCUCGAGAACCGCGUGGCGGCAGUGAAGGCGAGCCUCAAAGCGCAGGAACGCGAGAAGCAGAAGACCGAAAAGGAGCUCCGGCGAGCGAACGAAAAAGUCCGGAAAGUUGACGAGAAGCUCAAGGAGGUUCAGAACGUGCUGCGCCGUGUCACGGAAGACCGGGGCCGUUUGACGGCGAAAUGGCGCCAGGAUCAGGAGAGCGCAGGCGCACAACUGGAAGACUUCGUCGCAGAUGCGAUGGCGGAUGUGGAGAGGCUCGAGGCCGAGAUCGCGGCCCUCCCAGAGAAGGCACUGGAGUGGAAGAGAGAGCGAGAGAGACUCGCCAAAGAGUACGCCCUGCGUCAUACGGUUCUAAUGCGCGCCAAGGCGGCCGAAGAAAAGGUUCGCUUGGAGGCAGAGCGGGAGAAAGCGCAUGUGGCGGCGCGCAUGCAAGAAAUUCAAAAUACCGUGGCUGCAUGCAACGCGCGACGUCGCGAACUCCAGCAAGAGGCCGCGGAGGCGCGCUUGCGCGUGCAGACUCUCGAGGGCGAGGAACAGGAUUUGAUGCGGCAAGCGCUGACGGAGAGACGAAAGAAAGCAGUUCUACAAGAAAACCGCCAGAGUGUCCGAGUCAAAAACCUCCUUCACUUCAUGUCCGCUCCCGGCGGUGGAGACCGAACUCGACAACAAAGUCUCUCGACUGCCUUGCAGCUCCACAAGGAGAGAAAACUCAAGCACACAUUCGGGCCUGUCGCUUUCAUUACGCAGGUGAAAUCGGCGAGGUAUCGGCCGUAUGUUGAGCAUCUUCUUCAAGGUCGCGUGGGGGCUUUUGUGUGCACUGAUGAGGAGGAAAUGAAGUUUUUGUCUCGGUCGAAUUGCCACGCUCUCUUUCUUCGCACGGACCUGCGAGGCCGCGUUCGUCUGCCGACCGCGACGGCUCAAAUGCGCGAGCUGGGUGUCGAAUGUUUUAUCCACGAACAGCUGGAGUUUGUCGUGGAAGAGUUGGACGAGAUGCAGGCUUCUCAAGCGUGGCCGGGCGACCGCAGCGCGUCUCUCCCGACGGAGACUGUAAAGGCCGAAUCAGCGGGGCGAGGCGACAGGAGCGAUGCGUGCGCAGGCGGUGCUCAGAGUGCCCAAGACGAGCUUGCUCGGAGAAACGAAGAAGACAGGAAGACGCAGGAGGCGAGGCGAAGAGAAGCGUUGCUGUUGGCCAUUCGAGAGACCGUUGUUUCGUUCACGAACGCAAACACGAUUUUCGUCGUUCGCGACUCGCUAACCCCCCAGGAAGAGCAACGCAUGCAGCAGUUCAUGAAGGAAGAGCUCGCGCGCCUUUUCCAGUUUCCUGUUCGAAAGCUUGUCUACUUCAAAGGCGCCGCGGUCCACAGCGUCCAAAAGAGCCUCCACGACAAUUUCUGGCUCGACGCAUGCGACAUGCUGCGGUCGCGGCUGACGCAUGCAGCCCCGCACCGGGACGCCGGCCCUGGGUUUGCCGGAGCGUCUUCGCCCUCGGCGCCGUUUGCUGGGAUUCUCGAAGUCGUGACUCCGGCGGGACGGAAGAUGCCGGGCGAGCGAGAAGGGAGGAGUCAGCAAACCGAGGACGUCAUUGGAGAAAAACGCGUGCAGGUUCAGAAGGAGAGAGAAAAAGCGCUCAAGCGCUUGGAGGAACUCGAGCAGGAGAACGACGAACUCACAAGCAAGCGCCAAGAAGCCGUUGGACAGCGUCAAACCCUGAUCGAGAAGGACACCCGCCUUGCCAAGGCCGCACAUGACCAUGCCUUCGCCAAGGACCUCUACGAGGCGGUUGUCACCGAGAUCCGGGCUCUCGAGGCGAAGCGUCCAGGCCCCGGCGCGUUGCUCGAUCAGGAGCGCCGCCUUCAACAGCGCAUCUGGAAGCGACUCUACGACGCAUUGCAGAAAGAACGAGAGGCGUCUCGGAAAUUCCACGCGCUUGCCGAAAGUUGGCUGAAAAUGCGCGAAGAAGCCGCCGGCGUCCAGGGGCAUCGCGAGACGCUCCGGAAACUGCAAGCGGAACGCCGAGGGCCUGCGCAAGAGGUUUGCAAUCUCAAAUCGGAAUUGACGGAGAAAAGCGCAGCCAUCGCGUCUCUUCGUCGGGAACUGGGGACGCGGUCGGGGGCCCUUGAGCGCUGGAGCGAAGAGGCUGCUCUCGUUUACCGACACUUUCUUUUUCCCUCUGAGGAGCUGCUGUCUCCGAAGGCAGACGCGAAUGCGCCGGACGCCUGCCAGGGGCGCUUGCGCGGCCGGAAGCGCGGCCGAGACGGAGACGCAGAGAGCGGAGACAGACGGAAGCGCGGGCGAGGCGAGUCACGGGAUGGAGGACGUGAGAGCAGCAGCGAAGACGAGGCGUUUCUCCGUAGCAGCGAAGACGAGCGAGAAGACUUCCAGGACUACGUCGCAAAGGUGAAGGAGGACUUGAAGAAGGCUGCGUUGCCCGAGAGUGAAGAGGAACUCAAAGCGAUCAUCAACGCAUGCACGGAGGAGCUGGAACGAACGGGGGGCGGCAACCGGCAAGCGUUCCGAGACUUCAAAGCCAAGGUUCAGGAGAAGAAAAAGAAGGAGAGCGAAGUGACGAAGCUCGAGGAGAAGGCGCAACACCAACAGAAGAAGAUCAACAGGGUCAAAGAAAGUUGGCAUCGCAGAAUUUCCGAGAUCGUUAGCACUGUCAGUCGGCGCUUCAGCGUCUUCCUCAAAUUCAUCAACCCCGAUGCUUCAGGCUAUGUCGCCCUUCACGAUCCUGCAGCUUCUUCCUCUACCUCUUCUUCCUCUUCCUCUUCUGCGUCUUCUUCGUUGAGUCCGGCUCCGAGUGUGCGCGAUCUCGAGCUGCGCAUUUGCGUCUCCUUCUAUCCAGGCCAGUCGGCGCGGCCCCUCAACACGCGGCACUCUGGCGGCGAGAGGUCGCUCUGCACCGUGCUUUAUCUUCUAGCUGUGCAGGCCUACGCUCGCGAGGGGUUUCGCGUGCUGGACGAGAUCAACCAAGGCCUGGACGGCGAGAAGGAAAAGAAGCUUUUUGCGCUCCUCACGCGCGUCGCGCAAGGCUGGGAAGGUGACGAGUCAACCCAGCCUGGCCAGGAGGCGCUUCCAGCGACGCCGACGCAAAUGAGCGCAUCUCCGUCCGGCUCUCCAGUGUCAGUACAUGCGCCGCCAAACGCUGGAGGCGGUGUCCAGUACGUUCUCCUGACACCGCAGCUGGUGAAGGGAACCGACUACUCCGCUGUCUGCGUCCACUUUCCGUUCAACGGACGUCACUUGCGACUGCAACAGUGGGGCGACGAGAAGGCGCUCUGUGCAGGCGCGGAAGAAGCCGUGAGGCGAGACCGAGCCCUCCAGAAGAACGCCGAGGAGGGACGGUCGUAUAUCCUGACGAGGGAAGAGAUUCAGGAACUCAGGCAGGCGCUGCAGGCUGAGGAACGGGAGGAAGAUCAGCAACGGCGGCCAACUUGA